AUGUCACCCAUCUCGCGCAUGGCUCGUCUCCUUCUCAUCUUACAUGCGUUCGUCAACAUAGUUUUCGGCAUCUACCCCUUCGUCAACCCCGGGGAAUACGCUGCCAUAACUGGUGUAGAAGGUCCAGACAAGACCUUGCAAUCGAUUGGUCUGGGUGGAAUAGCAGUCGGCUGGUACCAACUCAUCUUCACCCUCCAAGGCAACCGUCGCAUGAUGGCUUCUACGAUCCCAAUGAGAUUGGGCUUUGCCGCAGUCAUGUAUAAUUGGGAGAAGCAGCCUGUGAUGAUUUACGAACUUAUUGUUGUGUGGUUCUGUUUACUCGGGGUGUUUGCUUAG